AUGACACAGGCGAACGAGGGCUUUUCAAGCAUCCAGAUCUUCACUAUGUGCAUUUACCUCAUCAUCUUUGUCUUGGGCUUCAUUGGAAAUGGGCUUGUCAUCUUUGUGACUGGCUACAAAAUGAAGACGACAGUCAACUCCAUUUGGUUUCUCAACUUAGCGAUUGCAGACUUCUUUUUCUCCUUCGCCCCAGUCAUACGCAUUGUCUUGAUCUUUGGCAAGCCGCUGGGCUACGUUUUGUCCAAGCUUCUCUCUUUCAUGACAGAGCUAAAUAUGUUUGCUAGUAUUUUUUUUCUAACAGCUAUCAGUCUGGACCGAUGCCUGUGCACAUGGGUGAUUGUGUGGGCGCAGAAUAAACGAACUCUACGCAAAACCAGGAUCAUUUGCAUGAUAGUGUGGAUUUUAUCCAUCGGAUGUAGCGUUCCAUUUGUCAUCAAUUUCUGCAUCAAGUAUCUAGACUUACAGUCUCUGUUCACAUACAGGUUUAUGGUGGGCUUCCUCAUCCCCUUCCUGAUCAUUGCAUCUUCUUAUAUAGCUAUUGGAGUGCGAGUCAAACGUCUCACAAGGGGGAAGCAUCUCAGGUCCUACCGUCUUAUUAUUUCUGUGGUUCUGGCCUUUUUCGUAUGUUGGUUCCCUUACCAUAUUCACAAACUGUGUCUUAUUUCAUUAAAUACCAUGGAGAAUAAGCAGAAUGUAAAUGUUCGAGAAGUAAUAUCUAAAACAACACCUUUUGUGGUUUGCCUGGCUUUUCUAAACAGCUGUCUGAACCCCGUUCUCUAUGUGUUCAUGUGCAAUGAGUUUAAGAAGAAGCUCAAACAGUCUCUGUUGCUGGUGCUGGAAAUGGCUUUUGCUGAAGAACAUCUGGACUUUCUGGAUCACAAAGAUGACAAAAGACCCCAAUGCUUCCUUGAUCAGAUGCAAAGACAAGAAAACAGUACUAAAAUCAAUCUCUAA